GCGACAUUGAGGAGGAUCGCAUAUCUUCUCGCGCGAUACUUACUUGAGGGUGAUUGACUCCUACAUGUCAGACGACCCUAGGUUCGAGACAGUUAUUGGUCCCCCAAGAGGGGAGGGUCCGGUCCCAUACCUCGGAGAUGGCUAUAGUCAUGUGGUCGGGACAGACUUUGCUAUGCAAGCUUAUCGAAAGCCUCUUUACGGAGAUCGCUUUCUCGAGGUUUCCUACAUCUACUCUGGUGGGAGAGGACGUAUUGAGAUAUUGAUUGGAGCUUCAGGCGAUAUCAUUCUUGCGGAGGAGCUUUAUCUCAGGAGCGUCGCAGACGAGGAGAUGGCUAGAUGCAUGGCCUAUAUCUGCAAGAUUGAUCCAGCAGCGCCUCUCGACAUCAGCUACGUGGUUCCAGAGUCGAUAGCCACGCGAGUUCUCAAUGACGAGGCGCCAGAUAUGGAGUCCCAGACGGCAACACCUACUCACGAGGGGGUCUUGGAGAAGCUUAGAGAGGCCAACUUCAAGAUCAACGCGAAGAAGUGCGAGUGGGCUAAGACACAAGUCCUGUACUUGGGCCACGUAUUAGACGGAGAUGGCAUUAAGCCAGAGGACAGUAAGAUAGCGGUGAUUAGAGAUUGGCCGACGCCCCGCACAUUGACAAAGUUGCGGUCGUUCUUAGGCCUGGCUAAUUACUACAGAAAGUUCGUGAGGAACUUCUCUACAAUCGCCGCUCCCUUGCGCAGACUGCUAAAGAAAGAGGCAAUCUGGCAAUGGGACAAAGAUUGUACAUCUGCGCUCAAGAAGUUAAAGUGCGCGUUAAUAGAGUACCCCGUCCUCAAGGUAGCCGACCUGUCCUUGCCAUUUAUCGUUACCACGGACGCAAGUCAUUAUGGGAUAGGCGCCGUGUUGCAGCAAGACGACAGCAAUGGCUAUAGACCUGUAGAGUUCAUGUCAGCGAGGAUGCCCUGCGAGAAGGUCGCCACCUCCACGUACGAGAGAGAACUCUACGCUCUCAGGCAGGCUUUAGACCAUUGGAAGCACUAUCUGCUUGGGAGGCACUUCAAAGUGUAUUCUGACCAUGAAACACUUAGAUGGCUAAAAACUCAGGCCAAGAUGACACCUAAGUUGACUAGGUGGGCCGCAGAGAUAGACCAAUACGACUUUGAGCUCAAACCAGUAAAGGGCAAGUACAACGUAGUUGCGGAUGCUCUGAGUAGGAGAUCAGACUACUUUGGAGCCGUAGUACACUAUCUGGAUAUAGGGAAAGACCUGCACGAGAAAGUGAAGCAAGCAUAUGCGCAGGACCCUAUCUAUAGCGACCUCCUAAAAAGAGUUAGAGAGGCCCCAGAGACUGAACCAGAUUACCGCACUACCGAUGGGUUGCUGUUCGAGAAGACUAAUGUGUUUGACCGCCUAUGCGUUCCCAGUAGCGAAGAGAUCAGCAGUUUGAUCCUAGAGGAAUGUCAUGACACCGAGGGACAUUUCGGUUGGCAAAAGACAUUAGCCAAUCUGAUGCGUGCAUAUACCUGGCUAGGGAUGAAGAACGACUGCAUAGAGUAUGUUCGCAGUUGCAAAGUCUGCCAGCGUAAUAAGUCCACUACGCGCGCCCCUCUUGGUCUUCUCAGACCCUUGCCUAUCCCCGAUCAGCCGGGAGACUUAGUGUCCAUAGACUUUAUGGACACCCAGGUCAAGAGUAGACAUGGUAAGAGCCAAGUCAUGGUCGUAGUUGACCGCUUUAGUAAAUACGCAGUUUUUGUUCCUUUGCCUGCAGAGGCACGCACAGAUGUAGUGAUACAGAAGUUUUUCGACUUUUGGGUAAGUGAGAAUGGAAUCCCAUUGUCGAUAGUUAGCGAUAGAGAUAGUCGCUUCACCAGCCAGAACUGGCAAGAACUCAUGAGAGUGUAUGGAUCUAAGUUACUGAUGUCGUCCGGCCACCAUCCAGAGACUAACGGUCAGACUGAGCAAAUGAAUAAGAUCCUACAACAAGUUUUGCGCAUGUACAUUAGACCAGAUCAGGUCAAUUGGGAUGAGAUGUUGCCUAAGGUAGCUAGUGCGUACAACAACAGCGUGCAUCUAUCCACCUGCCGCACUCCCAAUGAAUUGCACAAGUCCUUUAGACCCCGUAGACCAUUCGAAGGACUGAACUGGGAUCAGAUUCACAGACUACCGCCUGGAACAAGGGAGUUUGCGAUUCACCAUGAGAAAGAGUUAGCAACUGUUGUUGACAACCUUAGAAAGGCCCAGCAUAAGAUGAUAGAACAAGCUAACAAGCACCGUCGCCCAUCACAGUUUCAAGUAGGCGACUUAGUCUGGGUCAAGGCGAAGGAGUUUGCACCUGAAGAAAACAUCUCGCAAAAGUUACUGCCUGCGUAUAGAGGACCGUGGCCAGUUCUAGAGGUCAAGGGCGGAGAGGAUGGGCCGUCCUACACCGUAGAGAUUCCAGUUCACCUCCACACAUAUCCAGUGUUCCAUGCUUCGAAGUUGUUGCCAUGUGUCACAAGCCAACAGUUCCCUUCUAGGAGGUCCAUGAUCCCUCCGGAUAUGGAUGGGAGCUAUGACAUAGAAGGCAUUGUAGAUGAGAAUGUGUUUAGAACAGGAGGUAGAGGUCGUCCGCAGAAACAGUACAAGGUCCGAUUUGCAUAUCAGGAACCCGAGGAUGACCGCUGGUUCACCAGAUCUGAACUUCUAGAGACAGCGCCCGAUAUAGUCAGAGCUUAUGAGCGUGAACAGAGGGGUAAAAGUCCUGCCUUGGACUAAGAUGUUCUCGGAGGACCUCGAAUUUAGGACGGCGGGGGUGAAACGGUUUUCACCUUUUAGCAGUAGCUGACGCAGUACCCAAGG